ACUGUUGUCGCACUGCAGAGUCAAAAUAAAUUUCUUAUUACACUACAUCAAAGCAGUUAUGGGGCCAAGAAUUUUGUCCAGUUUUGUGUGUGUGAUCCUGCUCCCAGCUGUAUGGGCUGGUUACUGUAGCAGCUAUUGGGACACAGAUGGUUUCUUCUAUGAAACUCAGCAAUGUCGCACUGAGUUCUGCUGUGGACGAUGCAACAAUAAAUACUGCUGCAGUGAAAAGAAAUACCAUCUAACUCUAGAACAACAAGAAGCCUGUCUUGCAAGCGAUCCGAAAAAAAGCAACCUUGCUGUGCUUCUGGGAAGCAUCUUAGGGUGUGUUAUCCCCAUUGUCCUAUGUGUGGCUCUCGUCAUCUGCUUUGUGGCUCCUUGCUGCUUGCUCUACAAAAAGUUUCGAAAAGGACCUGACCAAAGGAACCGAACUGUGAGAAACUCCACCACAGUAGUCAACUCAGCCCAGCAGCCACUCUCCCCCUUCGGAUAUCAGCCUGGAUAUGAAGUCCCUACAGCACCACCACCCUCAUACUUGGAAGCUACUGCUCUAGAUCACACUCAAGCUGCAUUUACUCCAGGGCACCACUUCCUCAGCCAGCCUUAUGCACUGCCACAACAUCCCGGCGAACCUGCACAGCUGCCCUAUAACCCCUCCUAUGGCCCAAACCCUUAAACUGGAGCUUACUAAACCAAAACACGGCAUGUUUUCAAACCCUAUAGUUGCACCACUAUUCUCAUGGGAAAUGUGUGCAUUGCAUUGUGUUGAUACAAUGGAAACCCCUUUGCAGGACUUAAACAUAUCAUCAUCUACAUUUUCACGGUAAUGUGUCUCUAAUUUGAACUGCUAAAAGUGAUUGCUAAAUCUUGUUGCCGUUGCUGUUUUUAUGGGUAUCCAAGAGCUUGUUAUGGCCAUUUGUUUAGCAGUAUCCAAUCUGAAAAUAUGACCACUUUUAAUGCUGAAAAAUGCUGAAUUUCAGGAGAUAAAUGCAAUUAUUUCAGGAGAUGUAAAUUACUAAUACCUUAAAACACUAUAAAAAAAUGCUUAUUUUUAAAUAAACUCCAGCCACCAGA